ACGACAUGUCUUCCGCGCAUCGCCCGACAUGGGCCCCGGCGCAGGGCAAGGAGGGUCGCCAGAACUCGCGCUCGUUCUCGGCGCGCGACCUCGCGUCCCACACCCGCCUCAAGUUCCGCCAGCCUGGCCAGGGCACGACGGCCGAGCACGCGCGCCGCGACCUCAAGCUCGAGCUCCUCCAGGCCGAGCAGGACGCGGCCGUGCGCAAGUCGCGCGGCGAGCGCGGCUACGUCCAGGACACCAAGCUCCUCCUCCUCAAGGAGGAGCAGGACCGCGCCGAGUCGGACGCCCAGAGCGAGCACGCCAACAAGCGCCAGCGCAUGCUCCAGGAGGCGGCCAACCUCGACAAGGACGACUCGGACGACGAUGACGACGACGCGAGCGAUGCGGGUGCAGACGGCGCGGUCGACAAGGGCAAGGGCAAGGCGCUCGACGGCGAUGCAGACGACGACGACGACGACUCGGACGACUCGGAUGACGACGAGGACGAGACGGCCGAGCUCUUGCGCGAGCUCGAGAAGAUCAAGCGCGAGCGGGCCGAGGAGAAGGAGAGGCAGGAGCGAGAGCGGGCCGCCAACGAGCAGGUGUCGCGCGACGAGGAGAUCGCGACGGGCAACCCGCUCCUCAACCUCCAGGCCGCGCUCGGCGCGUCGCCCGCACCCUCGACCAUGUCGUCGUCGACCUCGACCUCGGCCGGGUUCGGCGUCAAGCGCCGGUGGGACUCGGACUCGAUCUUCAAGAACCAGGCGCACGGCGUCGACGAGAAGAAGACGGCCGUGUUCCUCAACGACGUCGGCAGGUCGGCGUACCACCGCAAGUUCAUGUCCAAGUUCAUCGCAUGAGGCGCGCCAAGGACGGAGGAGGGCGAGGGGAGGAGGUGCGGUCCGGCUCGCCUUCCCUCGCGAGCGCGCCUUGUAUUGCCAGUCUGUUCAACUCAUGU